AUCCCCCGCAUAUGCCUCCUCCUUCUCCUUCUAUGCUCAAGCAGCUAAAAGAUUCUCUGAUCCCGGUAUCAAAUUGCUCACUACUACUAAUUCCAACUUGACGCGAGAAUCAAAAAUCAAAUCUCUUUCUUUACCUCAUCUUAAACCACACUCAGUCGCUCAAUCUAGGAACGCGUCCGCUCUCUCUCCCUUGCAUAAUCCAACCCGCCCCUAUGUUUCCUUUUCUGUUCCUCCCUCUACUUCUCGGACUUCUCCUCCUUCACCGCUGGCGACCAUGCCACCAAACACUAAUUCUAAUAUAUCAUCCUUGCAAAAUCUUCUCCUCAUUAUCACCCCUCUUCUACCGCAAUUGUCGACAUUAUUCGCAUCUAUUAAUCUACCUGAACUUAUUCCCGCCGUUAUUCGAAUUUUCCGUGACCUUGAUACUAAUAGCAAUCAAGGCUUCCGUACCAAUCUCAGUCAUGACCAGCAAUUUUCUCAAUAACCAUCUUUCACUUCUUCAAUGGAACUGUCAUGGCAUUUUAAAUAAAAGGGAAAUUUUUAUUCAAAUUACGAACCAACACGACAUCCUCGCUUUGUCAGAAACUUGGCUUACACCCGACAAGGGCUUCUUUCUUAAUGGCUAUCACAUAUUACGACACGACGGACCUUCGAACAAAUCUGGCGGUGUUCUGCUGGCCAUAAAAGACACAAUUCCUUUUGAGAAAAUUGACUCGGUCUUCACUUUAGACGGUGUACUAGAAGCGGUCGGGAUGAAAAUCCCGACCAUGAACAACCAUAUACAUAUUAUCUCCAUCUACAGACACCCUGGACGACAUGACUCCUCUAUAUGGGACAGACUUUUCAAUUCCAUUCGGAUCAAUGACGGUACCCCAACCUACAUCUCAUAUUUCUCUAGUACCUCCUCUGUCAUUGACUUAACCUUCGUAUCUUCUGAUCUCACGCUUUACUGCACUUGGAAGUCUUUUGAUGAUACACUUGGUAGUAAUCACAUACCCGCCAUCAUCACAAUCAGCUAUCCAGUCAAAAUUCGUACAUUCUUCUCGCAUAGGCUUCAGACAUCAAAAAUUAACCAUAAAAAACUUUUUGCCUCAUUUCUAAGUCAUCUUUCCGUUCUCUCUCAUAGCCUAGAAGCAGAUCACAUUUCUCCCGUCAAAAAAUAUAACAUCUUCUGCAGCUUUCUAAAAGACGUCAUAAUCUCUCUACUUCCCGAACGAAAGUCGAACAACAAAUCUUCCUAUGCUAACCAUCACACCAGGAACAAAAACAAUGGAAAUAAUACACGUCAAUCAUUCCCACCAGCUCCCUGGUGGAAUGAGGAUUGUAAUAUGACUGUGGAACUCAGAAAACAAGCUCUGCGUACAUUUCGCAACAAUCCUUCACGGUUCAACUAUCUUUUCUUGAAAAAACAAGAAGCCUCAACUAAAAAAACUCUCCGACAAUCUAAGCGAAAGGGAUGGAGAGCCUUCAGCGAAUCCAUCACCUCCUUUACCAACAUCUCGGCACUAUGGAAAAUGAUUAAAAGAUUUAAAAACAGAUUUCUCAAUAUCUGCAACGCGCCGCUCACCGCCAAUUUCGGUGUCUCCAAUGAAAUCCAGAACUUAAUUAAUACCAUCUCCCCUCCGUCUUGCCUCCACAAGCUCCCUCCUUCUAGUCUUGAGCGAGAUCGUGAGUACUCCUGCCAUAUAUUCGACAAUCCUUUUCGCUUAGAGGAGAUCCUCCAUGUUGUUUCUUCUCUCAAAAAAAGGAAAUCAUCCCCAGGUAUUGAUCAGAUCGAUUAUACCAUCCUUUCCAAUCUACCGGAUGAAUAUUAUCCAAUAUUUCUAGUGUUCCUCAUCCCCAAAUCAACUCCAGGUAAAUUUCGUCCGAUCUCUCUUACGUCCUGUUGUCUCAAAAUCCUUGAGAAGCUCGUCCUCCUCAGACUUGACUGGUGGAUAGAACGAUACCAAAAACUUCCGUCCUCGCAAUUUGGCUUUCGCAAGUAUCGAUCCUGUCAAGAUAAUCUCUCUAUCCUUACGACGGAAAUCCACACAAGUUUUACUCGAGGUAACGCUACCGCUUGUCUUUUCUUGGAUCUGUCUAAUGCCUUCGACGACGUUAUCCCUUCCAUUCUGAUCGCAGACUUGGAAGAGCUGGGUUUACCCCCCUGUGUUUGUCGUUUUGUUUAUAACCUCAUCCAUUCGCGCAAACUCCAAUUUGUCGUUAACGGUGAGCUCUCGGACGUUUAUUUCUCAUACAAAGGAGUCCCACAGGGCUCCAUUCUUAGCCCCAUUCUUUUUAACAUCUAUGUAGCCAAGCUCAACAAACACAUCGGGGAGGAAUGUGAUCUUGUCCAGUUCGCGGACGACAUUGCGAUAUUUGUAAGUUCUAACAAAAUCGAAUGUGCCCUCCUGGAAUUGGAAAAAUCGUGCAACAAAGCUGUUAAAUUCCUUGCUUCCAAAGGUCUUUCGGUUUCGCCUUCUAAAUCCUCUCUGGUCAUAUUCACGAAAAAACACAUUAACCCCUUAGCAUACUCUAUUAACGUGGGCAACUUUGUCAUCGAAUUCUCACCUUUUUGCAAAUUUUUAGGGAUCCACCUCGAUUUCCGCCUCUCUGGAAAAGAUCAUAUCCGUGCUCUCUCUGCUCGUUGCUCCAAAUUACUCAAUAUUCUUAGCAUGCUGAGAGGAACAUGGUGGGGAGGAGCUCCCCGCUCUCUUUUGAACAUCUACAAAUCUUUAAUCAGAGGUUCUAUAGAGUACGGCUGUCUCACCUUUCCGUUCAAUAAUUUCUCCUCAAUGUACAACCUGGAAAAAAUUCAAUUUUGUGCCAUACGCCACUGCUUAGGCCUCAGAAGAACCACUCCGACGAACGUCCUCCUUGCCGAGGCCGGAGGGUCCCCUGAAGCUUAGAUUUAAUUUUCUUUCCUCUAAAUAUAUUCUAAAGAUCUUUUCUCUGGACUCUCAUCCGCUCAUAGAUAAGCUUUACGCGCUUCUCUGGUAUUCACGCAGGACACGGAAGGUCAACCCAACCGAAAAAUUUCUCCUGUUCAGGUCCUUCUGCAACCUUCUACCCAAGAAACCCUAUAUAGCCAAAUUCGACUACCCAGCCGUAUACUCCAUCGAUUAUGAGGCUCUUAUCUCUUUUCCCACAAUCAUUAUCACCACCCCAUUCGAUGUGGAGAAAAUAAAAAACGCGCCUAUCCCUCAACUUGUCUUCUUUAAUAUUUACAACCAGCUGCUAUCGACCAGUAGGUCCUUUUUUACCGACGGUUCUAAGAACGAUUCAGACGACCAGGUAGGUUUCUCCAUAUACUCUCCUUCUCCUCAUUUGCAACUACUAUUCGCGUCCUACUCCUUCUCUUCAAUCUUUACUGCUGAAGCACUCGCCAUACUCCAUACAUUAGAGUACAUCUCAAUUAACUCCACCCCCAGAUCCGUUAUCUUCACCGAUUCCCAAAGUGUUACCAAAGCUCUUCUCUCAAUUAAUCUAGCACAUUCAUAUAACUACAUCAUCUAUGCCAUUAAACAAAAACUACAUCAGAUCAAAACUGCCGGCUUUGAGAUCACCAUCGUUUGGAUCCCGGCACAUAUGGGCAUUCUAGGAAACGAAACAGCAGGCUAUCUGGCGAAAAAAGCCAUCACCAAAGGUCAAUUGUCCCCAAAACAGCUUCCUCACUCUGACUUUUACUCCAUUCCUCGGAGGAAAUAUAUAGAAGACUCAAGCAAAUUUUUAAAAUCUCAAGCUAGACAAAAAGGAGCCAACUACUUUAAUUCAUUCGAGGAAAUCACCCUUAAACCCUGGUUCCACAAGCUUAAACUUAACCGAGAGAGCAUCGUUACUUGCUGCAGAAUUAGAUCUGAUCACUACGCUCUUAACCACAGCCUACACCGAUGCAAUUUAGUUGCAGAUCCCUCUUGUCCGUGCGGCGCACCGAGACAAGACGUGGACCACGUUUUUUGGGGUUGCCCUCGCUUCAAUGGACCAAGGACAACGCUCUUAUCUCAGUUAAGGAAAUUCGGAAAAAUUCCACCACUCAAGACACAAGACAUUCUUAAAAACCCCUUCUCUGGGGUCAUUCACGCUCUCCAUGCCUUCCUCAAAUCCUCCAAUCUAAAUAUAUAACGCUAUUCUCCCCUCUAUUGAAUUUCACUCAUAUUACAACCAGUUGUUGGCCGGAAUGUAUCGAUCCCACUAGGAUCGAAUGUGGCCAUAAAAAAAAAAGGAAAGGAAGGAAAGGGACGAGUCCGUUGCCGCCCACGGACGGGAACGGACGUGUUUAGACACGUUACGCGUGUGUCCUUUGGACUUUAUUUUUGAGUUUCUUCCUCUCCUUUAGAGGAAUCUUUCCAUUUGUUACUCUCAUUUGUUACUCCCAACCUGUUUUUGGCCGGAUUAUACCGAUCCAAUUAGAUCGGAUGUGGCCACGAUAAGAAAGAAGAAGAAGCGUAACGCGGAACGAGAGCAUGGCCAAUCGCGAGCGUUCUGCAGUUUUCGCUAUGCUCACGAUUGUUCCGCUCUUGUUCCGCGUUACGCUUUUCCGCUGCCAUGGGUUUGCACCCUAAUAAUGGCACCCUUACAUCUGUCGGCGCGUUCCGUAAAUUCGCACAGUGCAGCAUACAUUUUGCAUAAGUUCUCACGUGAAAAGUAUUGCUCUCUUCAUGGGUGAUGAGUGCCUAAACGGUUAGGCUGUGGUACUUUGGGCCAAUUUCACCAAGUCCGAAGAGGAAAUCCAUAAAGGAAGGAAGAAGACGGGUGCUUGAUGGGUUGCAUGAAAAACGCUAGCGUGGUUGGACUCUU